CAGCUUCAAGAUGGUUUCGGUGACAAUAUCUUCAGCGCAUCCUACGCCGCUAGCCAAGGAGUUGCCGAUAACAAUCGGGCUCCCAGACAAAACCUUGGACAAUGCAACUAUCGGAGACGUGAAGGCGGCCGUGACCCAGAAGUUUCCGAAAUUCGACGCGUCGCGUCAAAAAAUCACGUUGAAGGGCGACAGGAAAGCUUUAUCCGAUGAAACGACGCUUCGUGCUGCUGCCCUGACCGACAGUGGAGAGCUGACCGUCAAGGAUCUAGGUCCACAGAUUCGCUGGAGAACAGUCUUCAUCUGGGAAUAUGCGGGUCCUUUGUUCAUCCAUACCUUCUUCUACUAUUUUCCGAACCUAUUCUAUGGUGGCCCUGUCCAGCAUAGUUUGCUUCAAAGAUACGUAUACGUAAUGACGAUAUCGCACUUCCUCAAACGCGAAUACGAGACAUUAUUUGUCCACCGAUUCUCAAAUGGUACAAUGCCACUGUUUGGUCUGUUCAGAAAUUGCGCGCAUUAUUGGAUUCUUGCAGGCGUAUCGCUUGCGUACGCAGUUUAUGGUCCCGCAUAUGCAACAACAUCCCCAUAUAUUCGCGGAACCAUUCGUUCGAACCCAACUUUCCUCUGGUCAUGUAUUGCUGUUUGGAUUUUCGCGGAAAUCUCCAACUACCGAACACAUGCCAUUCUGCGUGACCUGCGCCCUGCUGGAACGAAAGAACGCCGUAUACCAUAUGGAUAUGGCUUCAAUUUGGUUUCCUGCCCUAAUUAUUUCUUCGAACUCAUUGGCUGGGCUACUAUCUCCGUAAUGACUGGGAGUUAUGCUGGUGCCCCACGCAUUCUUGAUCGCUGCAACCUAUAUUCAGACGAAAUGGGCGAUAAAGAAGCACAGGCAGUAUAAGAAGGAAUUUGGUGAUAAGUAUCCUAAGAACCGGAAGGUUAUCUUCCCGUUCGUCUUCUGACGGCGAAGCCCAAAGGCUUCUGGUGGCGUUCCGCGCACGUUCUUGGUAAAGCCGUUCUCCUCGAAUACACUUUCUCCGUGAGAUACGUCGAUAAUGAUAGUUGUCUAUGGACGAGACCUACGGCUGAGAGAUACGACUCACCGCACUGAGUACGCAAACUAAGGGAUACUGUAAGCUAGCCAUAUUUCUCCGGCCAUCCUUUCAUCUAUUCCUGCCAUGACCCAUUCACUGACUAGUUUAGCCACGGUUGUCUUAACCGCCCAGCCUACAAGGACAACCAUUGUUGUAAACGCUGGAUGACAAUCCAGAACAACUGUAAAGUCAACAUCAGCAUUGCUGACCUCGGCUUCAUUUCGAUAGGCAAACUUAUACCUCGAAGACCAAACCCGGCAGCCAUUCCGCCUAGAACAUUGCGAACGAUCCACUCUCUGUCUAAAUUGUCUUCAUCCAGAAUUUCGAAUGCACCAAUGAUCACCGGGUUUGAGAACAAGCUUGUUACAUUGUAUUCCGGAGGUAAUGGCCGUGCCGACUCCGAAGGUGCAUCGGGACGCCAGAUAGAAAGUAGGAAUAAGAGAAACAGCUUGGUCAGAGAUGAAUAGAGUAAAGUUAGCGGAACGUGUGAAUAUCUGAGUUUGUCAGCAAUCAUUUGAAGAACGCGCACAGCGGCACGGACCUAAAUUCUUGUUGAACUCCAGAUAAUGUAUUCGCAUCAUUGGAGACACCACUCUUUCUCCACUGUCGGACCCAAUUCAAAGAUUUCAGGAGG